UGCGCGCUGACGUCACCGCCGCCGGACUCGCCGUGUUGUGUGGAUAGAUAACGACUGAUUUGCACCCCCCCGCCCCUUCGCCAGACAGUGUUUUUCUCGCCGCAAACUCAAGCAAAGCGAACAUGUCGUACGCCUACCUCUUCAAGUACAUCAUCAUCGGCGACACGGGCGUGGGAAAGUCGUGUCUCUUGCUGCAGUUUACAGACAAGCGGUUCCAGCCCGUCCAUGAUCUGACAAUCGGCGUGGAGUUUGGCGCACGAAUGAUCACCAUUGAUGGGAAGCAGGUGAAGCUCCAGAUCUGGGACACGGCCGGACAAGAGUCGUUCAGAUCCAUCACAAGGUCUUACUACAGAGGUGCAGCGGGUGCCCUGCUGGUUUAUGACAUCACAAGGAGAGACACUUUCAACCACUUGACCACCUGGCUUGAAGACGCUCGCCAGCACUCUAACUCCAACAUGGUCAUCAUGCUCAUCGGAAACAAGAGUGACCUGGAGUCAAGACGAGAGGUCAAGCGGGAAGAGGGGGAGGCUUUUGCGCGAGAGCAUGGCUUGGUGUUCAUGGAAACCUCGGCCAAAACCGCUUCCAAUGUGGAGGAGGCAUUCAUCAACACAGCAAAGGAAAUCUACGAGAAAAUUCAGGAAGGCGUGUUUGAUAUUAACAAUGAGGCAAAUGGGAUCAAGAUUGGACCACAGCACGCCGCCUCCAGCCCAGGCAUGGCCAGCAGCCAGAACAGACAGCAGCAAGACGGCGGCUGCUGCUAAACUGACGGAGCGAGUGCUCGGGCAAAAGGGUCAGA